AUGGAACAAGAGUCCUCCACCCAAGUAAGGCAUCUGGUGGAUGACUUCUACUUCUAUGCGCUCUCCGACACAGACCAAGAGCUCUUCCCCAUCUCCGACGAGAAGUACGCCGACGGGCUCCAGCUCCAGGAAGUGCUCAUGUCUGCGGUGGUUGCUUCUUGUUCCGUUCGUAUCAGAUCGCCGGCAGUGAGAACCAUAAAGGAGAGGGGCGAGUCCUCUUCGAGCGCCCCAGUGCUCUGCAAGAUCUGCAUGGACACAGCACCAGCAGCCGAGAUGUUCCGGAGCAGCAACUGCUCCCACUCCUUCUGCCGCGACUGCUUGAGCCGGUACAUCGGCGCGAAGGUCCAGGAGAACAUACUGAUGGUGAAGUGUCCGGAGAUCGAGUGCAAGGGGGUCCUGCGGCCGGAGCUGUGCCAGGAUAUCGUCCCGGCGGACGUGUUCUCGCGGUGGGAGACGGCGCUCUGCGAGUCCAUGGUCCUCGCGUCACAGAGGUUCUACUGCCCGUUCAAGGAUUGCUCGGCGCUUAUGAUUGACGAUGGGCAGGAGACGGUGAUGCAGGCGGAGUGCCCGAGCUGCCAGAGGCUGUUCUGCGCGCAGUGCAAGGUGGGGUGGCAUUCGGGGCUGAGCUGCGAGGAGUUCAAGAUGUUGGGAACCGAUGAGAGGGGGAGAGAGGAUCUUAUGUUGAUGAAGAUCGCCAAGGACAAGAGGUGGAAGAGGUGCCCAAGGUGCAAGUUCUUCGUGGAGAAGACUCAGGGCUGCAUGCAUAUUAGGUGCAGGUGUGGCUUUGAGUUCUGCUAUGGAUGUGGAUCAAAAUAUGUGAUGGCUCAUGCUUGCAGCAGUGCUUAA